AUGGAUUUCAUUGAGUCACCGGAUCCCCUUAUCCUUUUUGGUACAACUGUAGCUAUUGUUGUCAUUGUGGCUGCUGCUUAUCUCUUCACCCCCAAGAAUCGCAAAGGUUCACGCCAAGUGAUAAUAUCUGAAUCUUCGGCGAUGUUAAAACGAUUACUUUUCAGUUCUUUUGGUGUUCCGUCGGGAUCGAUCAUUGACACCUACACUGCCAAUCCGACAUAUCCCAAGAAUUUCGUUCGACUGGGGGCUCAUAUUAAACUUAUCAAGCACGUUAAUGAGCGAAUAGAAGAGGAGAAGAUGGAUCAGUAUAGGACUGUGUGGAUCCCCAUUGCGGAGGAAAAGCAGUGGAAGGCACACGAGGAAGACAAUUACUUAUUGCACAUUGCUGAAAGACUGUCAUGCUACACAGCUAGACCACACCCAGAAUGCAUCAAAAACAUCAAGAAAACAUACCAAUUAGACAAGAAGAAGGAGUUUUUGUCGUUGGUGGAGAUGGACGAAAGUGGCAAUGAUGAAAAAUCCGAUCCUGCCAUCACAAUUGUCAAGGAAAGAAUGAAGCGGUUGGCUUCAAACCCUGACGGAAAAGUAAGGAAAGUAAUGAACAGAAGCCCUUUUGCUGCACUUCACAAUCAUCACUGGAAGCAUUUCGGGAGAGAUUUGUGA